CGUGAUUCUUCAUCUGACUAGCAGGGCAGUGUUGUAGAGAUGGAUUCAAUGUGGUUUCAGUGGGAGUCGCGUCACGACUCAUCGCGUCGCGAAGCUAUAGGUACGGUACCUAAGUAGGUACUGCUGCCUGGCACUUGACCUAAUUUGGCUCCUGCCUGAUUGUACGACCCACAAGUUCAGGCAGCUUCGCCGCUUUGAGGUAACUAAUAAAGACAUGAGAUGAUUGUUGCUUCUCUAUAAGUUGAGCUUCUCGUUCCACACGACCUUCAAUCUUACAUUACCUUUCAGAAACGACAGCAUGGUUGGCGUCACGUCCCAGCAAUUGUAUCAAUCUGAGCAGAUCCUCUCUCGGGAGACAACCGAAGCAGAAUGGCAAUCCACCCAAACCAACAGCGAACUCGACAAUGACAGCGACUACGAGCCCAACAUAAGCUGCCGCAAACGCAAAGCCAAAGCCCAGAAAGUCCAAAAAGCAAAGCGAGCACGCAAAACAGGGAUUGCUGCUGCCCAACCCGCCAAAUCCCAGCGAUUCUUCCGGUUUCUUGACCUACCACCUGAACUGCGAAACCACAUCUACGAAAUCGCACUCUCCGACACGCAACCCGUAAGUCUCUGCGAAGGGUGGAAGAAGUACCGACGUAUUGCUCGGCGCCAACACGUCAGAUCUUACCAUGAAACCAUUGCCACGAGCACCAAUUCAUUCGUACCGGCUCUGCUCGCCCUGAACAAGCAGAUUCACGUCGAGGCUGUUGCGGUCCUGUACAGCAACGAAUUCGUCUUCGCCGAUACUCAGGCCAUGUACAAUUUCCUUGCUCAGAUCGGGUCCCACAGGCGUUUCGUCAGGUAUAUCACCAUCAAGGAAUGGGGAUGGGGCAAUGGGACCCACAAAGCAAUCAAUCACCCAGCGAUGACACUGCUUUGCGAUGCCGUCGGUCUGGAGAAAUUCAAAGUGAGCUGCACGUUCUGCAGCCACAACUCGAAGAGGAUUGCGGAGAGACUAUACCGCGAUGGGCAUCAUUGGUUCGAAGCUGUAGGGCAUCGCAUGAAGAAUAAGACGGCUGUUUUCGAAAUUUUGGAAGUGCCGAAGCCCGACAUCAACUCCAGAUAUUAUCAUAGCAGACGCUACGGUCGUAGUACAACUGAAGACUUGAAGACUACCGUUUUUGAGGAGUUGGCCAAGUUACUUGAGAGGAAAUAAUGACAAUAGCCCCAAAAUGGCUUGCUGUAGGAGAAUCUGCGCGAGGGAAGACAUGAUAUCAUGGCGGUUUAUCAUCGGGCUCAGAUAUAUGUUACAUUAGGUGGUGGUGUCAAUUGCGUUUAAUGCUGCAGCUGCAUAUAGUAUAUUAGCGUCAUAUGAGUCCUGUGAUAUUGAAUGAAAGAUAACAUUGCU